UACAACAAACCAGGAAAGGCAUUUACCAGAUGGGGAGAAAAACAGUAAGGCUGUACAGCUACCUGCUUGUUUCAGCAAGAUGACCCAAGAGUCCAGGAAGAAUUUCCCACAUACCAAACAAGUUGGCAACUACCUGGUGGGCAGAAUGAUCAACAAGGGAUCCUUUGCUAAAGUGAUGGAGGGGUUACAUGUCCCCACAGGGGAGAAGGUAGCCAUUAAAGUUAUAGACAAGAAAAAAGCCAAGCAGGAUCCCUAUGUUUUAAAAAAUAUGAAGAGGGAGCCCCGAAUACAUCAGAUGAUUAAACAUCCUAAUAUUGUCCAGCUAUAUGAAACCUUGGAGACAGAGAACUCUUUUUACAUGGUGAUGGAACUGUGUCUAGGGGGAGACCUCAUGGACAGAAUAUGUGAGAAAAAGAAACUGGACGAGAGGGAAGUCAAGAAAUAUACCAAGCAGAUCCUGUCUGCAGUUGAACACUUACAUCGCCUUGGGAUUGUUCACAGAGAUCUGAAGAUUGAAAAUUUUCUUCUGGAUGAAAAUAAUAGCAUCAAAAUUGUUGAUUUUGGAUUAAGCAACAUAAUGAAAUUUGAUGGCCUUUCUCAAGAACUAUUAAAUACACAAUGUGGUAGUCCAGCCUAUGCAGCCCCAGAACUCCUGGCUCAUAAAAAAUAUGGACCAAAAGUGGAUGUCUGGUCUAUAGGAGUUAGUGUGUUUGCCAUGUUAACUGGCACACUGCCCUUCACUGUGGAGCCAUUCAACAUCAAACAACUUCAUAUGAAGAUGGUUAAUGGAGAAAUUAAUCCCAUGCCACCUGAUAUUUCCACAGAAGCUGUUCAUUUCAUAUACUCCUUCCUUAAACCUGAUCCAGCUAAACGUCCUGUAAUUAAAGAGGUGAUGAAAGACAAAUGGCUGAAUGAUGGUAAUAUUAAGAAGCCAGUGAAUUCACUUGCAUAUAAAAAUAGACUUUGCCCUGAUGACCUGAAUCCUGUUGUUUUGAGUUACAUGACAGAAACAAUGGAGUUCAACCAUUCAGAUGUUGUAAAUGUGUUGAUAAAUAACAAACCAUCUUCUGUAAUGACUGUGUACUACUUACUGCUGAAGAAGCUUAUUAGAUAUCAAAAGGAACAGUGGACAAUGAAGAAGGAAAGUGCAUCCAAAAAACUUGAUGGUAAAUCACUUGGAAACCCAAGUCAAGAUGUUGAUAUUCCACUUUCUCAAAAGGUAGAACAAGUUGCUGCAGAAAAUCUGAAAAUUUAUGAUAGUAAAGCAUUCCCUUCUGUGCUGAACACAGAAACACCAUACGCAAUCCAGGAAGAUGAAAUUGCCAUUACCUUGGAAAACCAAGAAAUUUUACCUGAAGUGUCCAAGUUUGCGGACAGAGAAUUAGUUCAUUUUGAGCCUCCUAAAUCACCAAAUAAAUUUUGUUCAUGUGAACCACUGAAUCACACAUUGCUGGAUCCUCAGGAAAAUGUGAAAAAUGUUAAAGAUUUUCCGGAAGCCAAAAAACUAUAUUUAUCUGAGAAACCACCUACUGCUUUGAGAAAUAACCCAUCAUAUUCCAUGAACGAUCAGGUUGAAAGGUCCUCAGUGUCAUGUAUGAAUAGGCAAGCACCAAAGUCAGCAACUGAAAACAGAAUUGACAGCCACCAGAGUCCUUUGGCUUUUCAAGACACAAGAGUCAAGCAUCUUUUGAAAACAAUAGAUCAGAACCUUCCAGUUCCGACAUGGCAGCAUCAUGAAAAAGACAGCAGUACGCUCUUGGUGAUGGAAACACCACAGCUUUUACCAAGGCUAAGACAAGUUGCCCUGAGGGACACCUUAACUAAAAAGAUCUCAUGGAUGGGACUAUCACAGCAACAGUCCAAUGGUUCCCUUCCAUUUUGCACCAGUGGGUCAAGGCAAUCCAUUUUCCCUUUGACCCAACACCAAACACUUAUGGUAAAAAGCCUGAAGCAAUCAAAAGAAAAACCCAAAGAAUUUUUCAACAGUGAAAGUGUUAGAAGGAACUUUGUUCAACUCAAACACCCAACUAAGAAUAUGGACCGGAAUCUUCCAAUACUAUCGCUACCUUAUCAACCAAAGUCAGAAAAAAAGUCUGAAAUGUUAAGGCUGGAUUUCACAUAAUCAAUCUCAUGGGAAAGGGGAUAUUAAAUGGGAAGUGGUGAUGUGUGAGGAUGUGUGUAUAGAAAAAAAAGGUUUGACAUACAAAAAAGAAUGGGAAUGAGAAAGGAAAUGAGAGAAGGAUCAAGUGUUAACGGAGAAUGCAGAAGAACUGUUCCUCAGAUAUCUGAAGUCAGGUUUUCAAGGCAAUCUAAGAGAGAAAAACAUGACACAUGAAAUAUUGCAGUGGAUGGGGGGGCAGACUAAUGAUCAUGAACCAUUUUGCUAUUUGUUUAUUUCAAUUUUAGUAUGUUUUCCAGCAAAAUUGGCUCAGAUCAGUAUAAAAUAAAUACAAGAAAUAAUUAAACGAUGGUUGAUUCCACACAGCAUAAGUA